AUGGAAGACUUGAAGAGCCUAGUAGAGAGACUUGAAAUCGCCGUAGCCAAGAUGGAGUCCAUGGGUGGCGCUGGAGGAGCACCAACGAGCGCCGCAGGGAAUACAAGUGACGGCACAGACUCGGCAUCGGUCACCGCCUUUGAUGAGAUUAUAGCUAAUCAG